AUGGCAGAUGUCGAUGAUUAUUUGAACAUGGACUUAACCUCCUCUCCUCCUCGUUCAAAUUCACCACCUCGCACUUCCUCACCGCUCGGUUCCAGACCCACCUCACCAACUCCAGCCACUCUUGAUCUUCAGGAGCAGCCGAUCAAUAUCACAUCUGCUCGCAAGCGCCCAGCUGAGGACAGUUCAGCUUUCGUGGAUACUGUCGUGCGAUCCUACAAACUACCAAAAACUGAAGCCGAUGACCUGUCAGCAUUCGCAAGGUACACUCCGAUGCAACAGCGCAUUGUCCUUGCCGGAAGCCUGCUUAGCUUGCACUCGAAAGUCGCCAAAAUUGACCCGCCGGAUGCGGUUUUUGUGAUUCCGACUCGGCUUGCAAAGAAGUGUGAUAUCGUUGUAUUCCGCACUCUUCUUGAUCCUAACCUUUCGGCAUAUGUCAAUGACGACAUCCCGGUUAAGAAAGCCUUGGCUGCUCUCGAAGCGAAUCCUGCCUGGGGAUUUACCAAGGAAAUGAAGAACUGUGAGAAUAAGUACCACGCAAUUGCGAGCAAGCUGCGUAAGAAGUUUAAUGAUGGGCGGCAUGACAUGAAGGGACUGCUGGUGCCGUCGACUGGACAAGCUGACCCAGAGGAUCCGACCAAGCGCGUUCAAGCGAUCAACAUCGUCGACCUUUGUGAUAGCUUGAUCGAGCUUAACGAAAGUGCCGUCAAAGCUACCACCGUGGAGCUGUGCGGGCGGGUUGCCUUCUUGCGCCUUGUAGCUUCCCAUCCACCAUCCGCAGGCACAAAUUACUGGAAAAUUGUCGAUAAAAAGCUCGCCGAUGCAUGCAAGAAGCAUAAAUCUGCACGGGCUUUGUCCAAGUUUUUCGGCAAGAUUCUUGAAGACGACAUGAAGAAGUAUGGAGAAAUUAACAUUUCCACAGCAGUUCGAGAUCGUCAAUCCGCUGGUUUAGAAUCACACGAACACACUGACGAGGAAGACAAUGAUUGA